UGGCACGGCGUGGGGAUGCGGAUGGAGGUGGUGGUGGGAUGGAGGCGGGCAGGGAUGGGGAUCCGUGCCCGCGGCGGGGGCACCACAGGUUGUUUUCUUCCCUGGCACGGCUCAUUCAUCGCCUGCUCCCUCCCGCCGGAGCUCGCCGAGCCGCUCGGGAAAAGCGGGAUCGGGAGCCGCGGGGUGCCGUGGAUGAGCGAUGGUUUCAUUAUCGCUGUGCUGGGGCAUCGCGGCUCCGGACAGGGCGGUGUGAAGACCCCACCGGCGCCGGCCGGGGGCUCGGGCGUGCGCUGCCCUUAUGAAUAACUCCAUCCUGCCCAGGGGAUGCGCGGCAGAUGGCUGGAAUGCUGCGGCAUUCCCACGGCGGCACGGAUGGAUUGGGAAGGAGCGUUUGUCCGGAGGGAGCACCUGCCGGGAAUGUCGCCGCGGUCCCAGGAGCGAGGGCACGGCUGUCAGCACGCACCUCGCACACCCGGCUCCCGGGGCUGGGCAGUGCUGCCUGUCCCGUGCCCGACACCCAGAUCCAAGCCCCGGGAGCCGGGAUGCGCCGUGCCCGUGUCCCGCGGGCGGUGAGGGGCUCCUGGCCCGGGCUGGGCUCGGGAGCGGCCGUGCUGAGCCCCAGCUCCGCGGGAUUGGGCAAUCCCCAACGCUUCCUUCUGUCCUCCGCUAAUGUGUGAAACACCGAGCCGGGGGAAGCUGACUCACCGGGCAGGGGAGCGGUGAAACGGCCUCGAUGCAAAACAAGCCGAGAGAAGCUGGAGCCUUGGCCCAGCAGUACCUCGAGAGGGGCCUCCUGGUGCCUGACCACGUCAUCACGCGCGUGAUGAUGGCCGAGCUGGAGAAGCGCCGGGAGCAGCACUGGCUGCUCGAUGGUUUCCCUCGGACGCUGGGGCAGGCCAAGGCUCUGGAUGGGAUCUGCGAGCUGGACCUGGUGAUCAGCCUGAACAUCCCCUUCGAGACGCUGAAGGAUCGCCUGAGCGCCCGCUGGGUGCACCCCGCCAGCGGCCGCGUCUACAACAUGGACUUCAACCCUCCCCACACCCGGGGUGUGGAUGACCUGACCGGGGAGCCGCUGGUGCAGCGCGAGGACGACAGGCCCGAGGCCGUGGCUGCGCGCCUCAGGAAGUACAAAGAUGCUGCCAAGCCCGUGAUAGAGCUCUACAAGAGCAGGGGCAUCCUUCACUCCUUCUCUGGCACAGAGACCAACAAGAUCUGGCCCUACGUGUACACCCUGCUGUCCAGCAGGAUCCCACCCAUCCUCUCGGACGAGGAGCACUAACCAGCUCGUGCCAAGCACCAGGAUUUCAUCCCGUCCUGGAUUUGGUUCCCAGCACAGUGCCAGGGCUGUGCUGGGCUCGGGUGGUCACGGCUGGGUGACAUGGGUGGGUACCAGUUACAGCCAGGAUCAGAUCUUUGUUUGGAAGGUCAAGUCUGCUGGAAUAAGGGUUUUUUCCCCCUCUUUUGGGGCUAUGGAGCUUUCCUGCCCGUGGUCCAUCCCGGAUUGGUGGUGCUGACUGGGACAUUGGUCAUUCCAGGUUUACACAGCUUUGCCAUGGUGUCCUUGCCAUCCCUUUCCAGCCCCAAUCCCUGGCUGUGCCCACAUGUGCCAUCCUGUUGCUCCACAGGACCGUUUACUGCUGAGAACUCUCUAGGCUGAGGUGUUUUUUGUUUUUUUUUUCUAUAAAUUAUUUUCUAUUAAAUGUAUUUCUCAGAGAAAUAAAGCUCUAGAAAGCAACACUUAGCCCAGUGGGAAUUUUGGGAGCAACGUGGAAAACAUGUGUACUACAGAGCUGAGAGAAGUGAGGCUCACAUUUCCAGCAUGAAUACACCUAAAGGAGGCAAAACCUUGGUGGUGAAACUCUCCCUUGUGCUCCUUCCAUGGGGAGGGCUGAAUUCCCUGCUGGAAAAAGCUGCUGUACAGGUUUUUAUGGAAUGCUGUGGCACUCAGCACGACCUGGGCUGGGGGUGAGCUGCACUCCCUUGCGCUUUCCUGGUUUAUAGCUUUCAAUACCACAAGAUAGCAAAGUCCUAAGAGUUUCUCCCAAGGAUUUAUCUCCACGUGUGCUUCAGUUUUGGGGAGAAAUCUUCAGUUCCACCUUCUGUGCUGCCUUUGUCCCCGAGGUCCCCUGGCCAGGGGGUCCCUUCGGCUGCUCCUGCUGCGUCCCCCAGCAAAGUGUCUCCCUCCCCAUGAAAUCCCAGAGAUCCUUCCUUCCUUGGGGCACACCCAGGGCCAUGCCCAGGUGUUUUCCCACCAUUUACAGCAUCCCUGGAUUGUGCUGGGGCUGGGCUUUUCUCAGCUGGAAGUACUGUCACCCUCUUUCUGCAGGAGGCAGUACCCGAGCAGUGGGGACAAUUCUGGCCUCCUCGAGUUGCCUUAUUUUAUAAACUACACAUUUCAGAAAAAAAUAAAUAAAAGCAAGAUGUGUGUUUGUAAAAGUCUAAAGCAAACAAACAUACGAAAAGUGCUGAAUUUUAGCAUCACCUUUUGGGAAUUGUGCAUGGGGCUGCUGGAUCCAUAGGGAAUUCUGCUUCUGCCAGGGGGACUCACAGGAGGGCAGGAACCUGGCACUGCUGGCACCUCUUGGGCUAAUCAGAGCACCUUUCUGCUGCUGGAUGUCCCUGGGUUUAGUUUUCCUUUAUUUUCCCUGUGGCCCACAGCAGGGAAAAGGGAAUGACCAGAUUUUUUUAGGGAUUUUUUCCCAGGUGUCAAACUCCAGCUCCUGCCUGGGUUGAUUUAUCCCAGCUGAGCAUCCUCGUGCUGACCAAGGAUCCCCUAAAAUUUGCUUCAUCCUGGUGCUGUCCCCAGUGGAGCCAGAGUGGGAUCACUGCCCACAUCCCCUGCUCACCCCUGCCUGGGGAGAGGCCAAAAUGCUCCCACCUGCUCCAGGUGGGAAUUUUCCAGGCAGGAGCAAAGGGAUUGUCAGGUCUCACUGCUGUCCCAGGAGGCCUUUCCAUGCCCUGCUGCUGGGAGGCUGCAAAUCUUCCAGCUGGCAAGGAAAGCCCAUUUCAGAAAGAUCUGGGAUUUUCCCACAGCCCUGGGAUGAAGGUCUGGGCUGGUUUUAGACACAAAUCCCAAAACAGCCAAAACCUGUCUGCUGCUUUCUUUGGAACAGCUCUGGGCAGGAGGUUUUAGGGGUUUUUUUAGGCUACAAAAGCAGCUGAGUGCCAGGCAGAGGGGCUGAUCCCUGCUUUGCCUUGUCCCGUCCUUGUGUCCUGUCCUUUCCUCCUGCAAAAUUCCUCCUGAAGAGAGAAUUCCAUGCAGCCCAGCACAGGACAGGUCUGCAGAUGCCUUUUCCAGGCUUGGAGCCCUAUAGUGGGUGUAGAAAUCCCGUGGCCGUGCAUGCAUCCAGCCCUCGGGAUGGAAUUUUCUACCAGACCGGUUGCAUUUUCCGAGACCAAAUUCCAGCAGGGAAUUUGUCCCUCGCUGUUCAUCCCUGCCGUGCUCCCCUUCGGUAUUUUACUGUGAAGCCCAAACCUUUUGUAAAGCCACAGGAAUUUUGUACCGACCCGAGAUACUGUGUGGAGGGAGGAGCCUCUCUCUCCCCCCUGGAAUGUCACGCCGAGUUUGCUUCCCGGAGUUUUCUUCCCGGAGUUUCUUGCCGGUGGAUCGCUGCAGCCUUGUUACUGCUCUCGAGAUGUAAAUAAAG